AUGUCGCAAUCGCAAUUUCUGCCGCCAAGAGAGACUGUGGUUGAGCCGCCUGAGAGGCCGACAAGCGCAGAUGGUGUGCGGAGUGACGCGCCGAUGCUUGACCGUAAGCUGCAGGCAAAGGCUAGAGCUGAGAUGGAUGCCUCGACGACAUCCUCAAGCAGUCGAAAAGGUGGCAAAGGCGCUCCAGCUCAGGUCGCACCAAAUAAGCCUGAGCUUGCUAAUGCACUUGCGGACAUCUUUCAGUUCGAUGAACCUGAAGAGGUUAUCGGCGAGUUCGCAUGUUGGUACUUGCAGAGCGUGCUCUUGCAGGGUUACAUGUACAUCACCCGGAAGCAUGUCUGCUUCUAUGCGUACCUCCAGAAGAAAGGUCAUAUCGUGAUCAAGUCUGGCCAUCUCGCCAAGCAGGGCAAGCGGAACCCUCACUAUCGCCGGUACUGGCUGGUCCUGAAAGGUGACGUGCUUUCGUACUAUGAGAGCGCCGCAGACCCGUACUUCCCGCGUGGCACUAUCGACUUGAGGUCGGCUGUCUCGGCAGAGCUGACUCCAGAGAAGGGCAAGGCGACGAAGGAGACGAACGUCUUCGCCAUAACGACGGAGCAGCGUACCUACCAUUUCAAGGCCGACAGCAUCACCAGCGCAAAGGAGUGGGUUAAGCAACUACAGCGCGUCAUCUUCCGCUCACGCAACGAUGGCGACAGCGUCAAGAUAUCCUUGCCUUUGGCGAACGUUGUGGAGGUGGAGUCCAGUCCGGUGACCGACCUUGCGGAGACUGUGCGGAUAAGGGUGAUUGACGACGGCACUACUUUCGCAGUCGACGAAUAUUUCUUCACCUUCUUCAGCCGCGGCAGCCAGGCCUUGGACGUGCUGAGAACGCUAACGGAGGACAAUGAGGCUCGGCGACGGGCAUCCCGCCAUGGGCGGGCAUUAGGUCCCGAGCAGUCACCGCGAGAUUCCGAUCGUUCGCCAGGCGUGCCACAACCCGUUCGGUCUACCCUGUCGCCAGUUUCUGCUGUAGCAGGUCGACUGAGUCCAAGGGCCAGCGGCGAAUAUCGACGGUCGAGUGGCGAGACUUCGCGAGCGAGCAUAGAUCAAGGACGUGCAAGCUUUGAUCGUGGAAGGCGCACGAGUGUUCAACAAGGCCGGCGAAGCUCGAAGUCACCUGUCUCACCGUCAGCGCACAAUUCCGCGGACUCCUUCAAAACUUCCUCCGAGCACGUGUCGAGCGCGCCUUCCACUCCUGGAGGUGUAAACGACAUGUCAGCCAGUCAGAUGCUCACAGGUGACGGAGCGUUCCGAGCACCUACAUUAAGGCAGCCUCUUCCGAAGAGCACCCUUUCUGUUACAACUGUCGAAAGACUUCGCCGUGAACCACAGCAGCUGUCAGCUGCACCCAUGCAAACGGCGCCAGGCACGACUCGACGGCAACCUCCGUCACGUACGCUAGCCGGCGAGAUAAUGGCAGUGACUGACCCACCGAGGCCAAUGCACACCAUUCUCGCCACGCCGCUUCAAUUCGCAUACGGCCUCGCUGAGCAAGUUCGUGAUCAAAGCAGACGCGGGCUCUCGUACCUUGGGAGCAGCCCUAAAGACUACUACAACCGCUUCUCUGGUGCCCUCGCCGGCGGCAAGCUCGAGUACGGUGACGAUGAUGGCCGAGCUGCAGAAGACCGCAUCAGAGACUCCGAGGCCAAUCUAGACGAAGCAAACGCUGAGAAACGGUUUCGAGAGCAUUUCAAACUACCAGAGUCAGAGAGAUUGCUUACUGCGUAUUACUGCUCACUUCACAGGGUGCUACCGCUGUAUGGGAAGAUCUACGUCGGAACGCGCCACUUCUGCUUCCGGAGCCUACUCUACGGGACCCGCACGAGGCUGGUUAUACCGUUCAGCAACCUUCUCAAUCUGGAAAAGGAGAAGGGCUACCGUCUGGGCUACCCUGGAAUGGUGGUGGUGAUUCGGGGCCACGAGGAGCUUUUCUUCGAUUUCCAGAACGUCGAGCUCCGUGACGACUGUGUUGUGAACGUUCUCCAGCGCCUAGAUACCGCCCGCCAACUUCAGGACUCCUUGCUGCUAACGGAGGCUGAGAAGAUGGAUGCCGCCGCCGCUGCUGCUGAACAUGAAGUUCUGCAACGUGCACGCAAGGAUGGGUUCGCUAACGAGAACUUCGUGCUUCCACAGGACCUACAAAAUGUUGAUCUGAGCGACAUCCCUGACGCUCCAAUCUUGUUCGAUGACGCAAGCAUGUCAAUACUCGAUUUCAAGCCUAAGAAGCCAAUGCGCAUCACGUGCCUGACAAUUGGAUCACGCGGAGAUGUUCAGCCGUAUAUCGCUUUGUGCAAGGGUUUCAUGGCCGACGGUCAUCACAUGCGCAUCGCAACGCACUCGAAGUUCAAGGCUUGGAUCGAAAAGCAUGGUAUUGAGUUUGCGCCAGUCGCUGGUGAUCCGGUGGAGUUGAUGGAGCUUUGUACCGAGCAUGGCAUGUUCACGCCAUCCUUCGUCUUCGAGUCACUGGGUAAGAUGCGGCCAUGGCUGGAUGAGCUGCUGAAGACUGCCUUCACAGCCUGCAAGGGCAGUGAUCUGCUAAUUGAGAGUCCGCAAGCUAUGGCCGGCAUCCACAUCGCAGAAGCGCUGGGUAUACCUUACUUCCGUGCGUUUACCAUGCCGUGGACUCGAACCCGCGCGUACCCGCAUGCCUUUGCCGUACCUUCUCGCAAACUCGGCGGUCAGUACAACUACCUCACCUACACCCUCUUCGACAACGUCUUUUGGCAGAUGAGCGCCGCUCCGAUCAACAAAUGGCGCGGUAAGACGCUUGGCCUUAAGCCGACGACUCUCGACAAGCUGCAGCAGAACAAGGUGCCGUUCCUCUAUAACUACUCACCGCACGUUGUACCACCACCGCUUGACUACAGCGACUGGGUGCGUCCGACGGGCUUCUGGUUCCUAGACGAAGGUGCCAACUGGAGGCCGCCAGAUGAUCUCAUGCGCUUCAUCACCAAGGCACGAGCGGACGGCAAGAAGAUCGUUUACAUCGGCUUCGGCUCCGUGCCAAUCAAUGAGUCAAAGCAGCUAUUGCAGCAAGUGGUGAACGCCGUCAUUAAGGCUGAUGUACGUUGCAUCCUGUCCAAAGGUUGGGCGGAUCAGGGCAGUAAGAAAGACAAAACAACGGCGCUUCCAAUCCCACUGCCAGACUCGGUGUUCGAGAUCGUUGCGGCUCCUCACGAUUGGCUCUUCAAGCAGAUUGACGCUGCUGUGCACCACGGCGGCUCCGGCACUACCGGCGCUAGUCUGCGCGCUGGUCUCCCGACCAUCAUCAAGCCGUGGUUUGGCGAUCAGUUCUUCUUCGCCACGCGUGUCGAGGAUCUUGGUGUUGGGUUUUACCUGAGAAAGACAACAAGUAACGAGCUUGGCAUAGCGCUGUGGUAUGCCACCCACGAUGAGCGAAUUAUCAAGAAAGCGAAAGUGCUCGGAGAGCAAAUCCGCAGCGAAGAUGGAGUGGGCACGGCAAUCAAGGCUAUAUAUCGCGAUAUGGAAUAUGCUAGGACAUUGAUCAAAAAACGUGCGGUCAACAUCAAGGCUACGGACGUAGAUGACGCCGAAGAUGAGGAGGAGGAGAGCUGGACGUUUGUCGAGAAUGAGAGCGAUGUGGACAUCGCAAGCUUGCGGUUGGGUGAUUCCGCUGCCACAGGUUCUACGGCGCAUCAGCAAUGGAAUCGGGCAUUGCAAUAUGGGAGACAUCUGAGCCUUGGGGCAACGGCGCUUAAAGGUCGGCUGACUUAG